UCCGUUCACUCUCUGGUUCUCGCGCGCGGGACCAAUAAGGGGGAGAGGCCGUUGAUCGAGGGCGCGAAAGGGGUGGAAGUUUGGAAAUGGGGACGGAGCGGAAAAAUGGCCCAGACCAAAGAUGAUGAUGAACUGGCAAUACUUGAAAAAGAGAUCAAGGAAUUUUGGACUAAGUUCCAAGCCACUUGUUGCAAUGAGCCUGUUGAGCAGACUCUGGGACUAAGAGAUUUGUGGUAUGAGUCCAUAAGCAAUCUUUCAGAAAAAUGGUCGAAGAGACUGAAAGAAGGAGAUGAAAUAAUCAAAAAAAUUCACGAGUACACAAAUGAACUCUGUCAAAAGAACAAAUCCAUUGAAGAAAAACAGGAGAAAUUAUCAGAAGUUCUUGAUAGAAUUCAUGAUGGAGAAAAGCAAGAGAAAGACUUGAUGGUUAGCAUCCAAGAGCUCAAGGAAGAGUUAAUCAGAAAAAAGGAAACUAAAAACAAAGUGACAGAAGAAAUGGAGGGAAGGCUCCGUAAGGCCGAAAUGCUAUUUAAAGAGCGACUUGGGUUAGAAAUACGCAAAACCAGUGCAAAUCAUUUGCAAUUUAUAUUCCACGGUAUUGAUCAGAAGGAUUUUGACAAGCCAUAUAUACUUACCCUUUCCAUAAAUGAAGAGGGAGCAUAUGAAGUGAUCUCUUGUUCUCCUCCCCUGGACUGUAUAGAAGAAUUGCAGCUAAAAGUGAGAGAAACCAACAAUUUUUCUGCAUUUAUCGCUAACGUCAGGAAGGCCUUCAUUGCUUUGACUUUUAAAUGAUGUGUUGCUAUAUAUGUAAAAUGUCUGUAUACCAGUUCUUGCUACUUUUUCUUUCUGAAUAGAAGAAUAAAAGCUAGGAGGUUUUU